AUGCUGGCUUCUGUUGCCGAUCCUCACGUCGGCGGCUAUAGACAGAAUAACAUCAUCCGCAAAGAGCUGAUCAACAACGAGACGACGCCUUUGCAAGUUGGGAACGGUAACUUUGCAUUCUCUGUUGACACCACAGGAAUGCAAACAUACCUCCCUUUCAACACAAUGUCACGCUGGGCGUGGCAUAAUGACACUGAACCAAUUGGAGAGCCAGUAGGCGCAUAUACCGGCGUGCCUAUAAAGACGCAUGGUAGAAGCGUUUCUUAUGAUCUACCUGACCCAAAUCUUCCUGAUGUUUCUCAAUGGCUCACCGGAAACCCCAAUCGUAUCAAUCUGGGACGUAUUGGGCUGCGAUUUAAAGGCGAUACGCUGUCAUCAAGCAACAUAGCCAAUACCCACCAGGAGCUAGACCUCUGGCAUGGUGUUAUCACAUCAAAUUUCACAAUCAAUGGUGUUAAGGUCCAAGUUGUGACGCAGGGAGAUUUUGAGUCCGACGCAGUUGUUUUCACCGUGGAUUCAGAAUUGAUUGAGUCCGGAAAGCUCAAGGUCGAGUUCGACUUUCCAUACCCUCCAAUCCACACAACAAAGUACAAGAACGAAGUCUUUGUCGGUGUCUAUGAUUUUCCUAAGAAUCAUUCUACAAAGCUGUCAAAGAGCCUGAAACAUAACACAGCGCACAUUUAUCAUGACAUGGGGACCAAGUACUACGUGAACCUUCGUUGGCCCCAGAACGAUUCACUGGAGUUGAAGCGUCUUGAGCCGCAGGGCGUUACCAAACCCACAGCUCUUCGAUAUAUCCUUUCAUCAAGGCAUCGAAGAACCAUAUCCUUCGUGGCGCACUUCUCCCCAGAUAAGAGAGUACCCGAUCUGCCAUCUGUUAUCAAUAGUCGUAGCAGAGCUAGAUGGCAAGACUACUGGAGAGAAGGGGGUUUUGUCGAUUUGACAGAGUCUACGAACCCCAACGCUACUGAGCUACAACGCCGAAUCAUUACCUCCCAAUACCAUGUCAGGGUGAACAGCGCUGCCACCGGUGAGUCUCCGCAAGAGAGCGGCCUGAUGAACAACGGCUGGUAUGGCAAGUUUCACAUAGAGAUGGUUGUAUGGCACAGCGCUCACUGGGCCACAUGGGGUCGAGAUAGAUACUUUCACAAUGUUUUCCCUGCGCUUUAUGAGAAGCUUCUGCCUACGUCGCUCGCGAGGGCGAAGAAGAUGGGAUGGGAGGGAGCACGUUGGCCAAAGAUGACCGAAUCCAUUACCGGACGAAGUUCACCUGGCGGGAUCAAUGCACAUCUGAUGUGGCAGCAGCCGCAUCCCAUGUACAUGGCUAUGCUUGCGUGUAAGAGCAAGCCCACAAAGAAGACGCUGAAGCGCUGGGAUCCGAUCUUGGAGGCGACUGCGGAUUAUAUGGCAUCCUUUGCAUGGUUCAACCAGUCAUCUGGGAAGUAUGAUCUUGGUCCACCAAAAUACACUUCGGGUUUAACACAAUGGGCGAUUGGUGUAACAGAGAACACGCCCCCGGAGAACACGCUCAAUCUUGCGUACGAAGUCGCAUACUGGAGAUACGGUCUUGACGUCGCCUGCGAGUGGAAGAAAAAACUCAGCCUACCUGUACCCAAGCACUGGGUGACUGUUGCAAAGAAGCUGGCUAAACCACCUCAAAUUGGCGGACUGUAUACAGUUUACGACGGUCUAAACUCAACCUGGUGGGAUGACCCAGCACUCAACCGUGAUCCGAGAAGUUUGAUCAUGCUACAAGGUAUUCUACCCGACACACCUGCAGUUGACAAGGAGGUAGCGCGGCGAACGGCGGAUAAGGUCUGGGAAGUCUGGACUGACCCAAGCAUCCGGGGAUGGGGGCGGCCUGUACUGGCGAUCAACUCGGCUCGCAUUGGAAAUCCUGUGCGAGCGAUAUAUCACUUGACAGCAUAUGACUAUUGGAAGUUUGAUGACGCAGGAUUUGCCAUUCGUGGUGGUGAUGGAAACACACCACCUCCAUUUAUGCCUGGCAAUGCUGGGUUCUUACUAGCCGUGGCCUACAUGGCUAAAGGAUGGGAUGGAUCGAAACGUGAUACACCUGGGUUUCCUUCAGAUGACGGAUGGGUAGUAAAGCAUGAGGGACUUCGUAAGGCGCUGUGA